GAAUAAGAGUAGCUAAGCAAGAUGAAAUCCUGUAAAAUAUUGGUUGCUAUCUUACUACUCUUCGUCAGUAACUGCCAUGGAUACAUGGUUCGCAUUGAUGCUGAUUCAGAAGAAUGUUUUACGGAGAAAGUUAGCGGCGGUUCUAAAAUGGAACUAACUUUCGAAGUUUCGGAGGGUGGUUUCCUGGACAUUGAUAUCAAGGUGACAGCACCAGAUGGUAGUGAUAUCUAUCGUGGAGAACGUGAAUCAAGUGGCAAAUAUGUCUUCGCGGCGCCUGUGGAUGGUGUCUACACUUACUGUUUUGGUAACAAAAUGUCAACUCUUACUCCAAAAACGGUAGUGUUUUCGUUAGAGGUUGAAGUAAGAAAAGAUCCUGCUGCUGUCAAAGACGACGAAAAAGAUAAAGACGCCAACCACAGCCAGCUCGAUAGUAUGCUUACUCAGCUAUCGGUUUCACUCAGCAGUGUUAAACAUGAACAAGAAUACAUGCAAAUUCGAGAAAGAAUACAUCGGGAGAUCAACGAUAAUACGAACUCAAGAGUUGUGUGGUGGUCGUUCUUUGAAAGUCUUAUUUUGGUAUUUAUGACCCUUGGCCAAGUAUAUUAUCUGAAAAGAUUCUUCGAAGUCAGAAGGGUUAUCUAA